AUGGAAGGUAGAGGAGGUACUAUAAGUAGCAGUGGAAUCACAGUGGUGGGAUCAGAUGCUCCUUCAGACUAUCAUGUGGCUCCAAGGACCACUGAUAACCCAAUUCAGGUGACUGGAUCAGCGCCGCCUCCUCAGCCGGCGGCCUCCGACGCCGGAGUGGUUGGCGCCACCGUUGAGAAGAAGAAGAAGAAGAGGGGUAGGCCUAGGAAGUAUGCCCCUGAUGGAUCUGCCACUAAGCCCUUCUCGCCUAAGCCGAUUUCCUCCUCUGCCCCUGCGCCUAUGAUUGACUUCUCGGCCGCGGAGAAGACCGGAAAAGUCCGGCCAGCGCAGAAUCCUAUAACGGAAUUGGAAAAUUUGGGUGAAUGGGUUUCAUGUUCUGUUGGCACUAAUUUUGUACCUCAUAUCAUCACUGUCAAUGCUGGAGAGGAUGUCAUGAUGAAGGUCAUAUCUUUCUCUCAACAAGGUCCUCGGGCGAUAUGCGUUCUGUCAGCUAAUGGAGUGAUUUCAAGCGUAACUCUUCGUCAACCUGAUUCUUCCGGUGGUACAUUGACAUACGAGGGUCGUUUUGAGAUACUAUCACUGACUGGAUCAUUUAUAGCUUCCGAGACUGGAGGAAUGAGGCACCGAUCUGGUGGUAUGAGCGUUUCUUUAGCUAGCCCCGAUGGGCGUGUUGUUGGGGGUGGAGUUGCAGGUUUACUGGUUGCUGCCAGUCCCGUCCAGAUUGUGGUUGGUAGCUUUUUGGUGGGGAAUCAGCACGAACAGAAGACGAAGAAACACAAGACUCAGUCGAUGGCUGUUACACCUACUGCUGCUAUUCCUAUCUCGAGUGCAGGGGCGGAAGAACCGUAUCAUACCAACUCUUCUCUCCGUGAAGAUAGCUGGUCGUCAAUGGGCCCCGACUCAAUGAAUAAACCUGUUGACGUCAAUGUAUCUUUGCCCAAGUAG